AUGCUCCCGCACCAGCAGAACAAGAUUGAUACCUCAUCUUUGAGUGAGGAAGAGCAAAAGCUGUUCCGCCUCUACGGCAAGCUGCCGAACCGCAAGGACUUGCUGGCCAACAAGCUCAAGGAACGCAAGUACUUCGACUCCGGUGACUAUGCCCUGUCCAAAGCUGGCCGCGCACCGAAGCAGUCGGUUGGUACGGCCAUCCCGAAUCCCGAGAUGGUGCCGCAUGCGGCAGCCAGCCCAGGAGCUCACAUGGGAUCAACUGCGCAGCCGAUCCCCGGCACUCUGUCCCCUGCUUCCCCAGGUGCGCAUAUGGGUCUCUCUCGCAGUCCCUCUGGCUCGCGUCGUUUGUCGACGAGCGGCGGAUCAUUUACCGACAGUGGCUCGCGCUCUUCCUUCCCUGUCGCUACGGGUGCCGUGAACAGCAGCCCUACACGCGAGCCGACCAGCUCUCUCAGCCGCGAGUAG